AUGACACCAUACAUAUUCAUAUAUUUUUUCAAUAUUUUCUGCAUAAGUUUUUUUAGAAUAUUUAUAUAUUGUGAUUCUACCAUUAAUAAUAAUGUAAAUUCAUCUCUGCAUAAUAAUAAACCUUUUGAAAUUUUUAAAGGGCACGAAAAAAAAAUCAUAGAAAAUGAUAUGAACUAUGGAAAGAAAAAUAUAUUUAAAAAAGGAGAUGAAAAUAAUACGCAAAAUGAAGAAACUAAAGAAAACAAUGAAAAUGAACUAACCAACUUAAAAAAUAUAGAUGAAACUAAAGGAAAAAUAAAUCACAACCAAAAUAUAUUAAUAGAAGAAAAUGAAUUAUAUGGAAAAAAAUACAAUGAAGAAAAAGAGAGUACGCAUGUAGAUGUAAGGAGUAAUGCUAAUAUAGAAGAAAAAAAAAACAAAGAUAAAGUAAAAGAAGGAAGUGAAGGAGAAAAUAAUGGAGAAAUAAAAGGACACAAUAUGAAGGAAGAGAAAGAGGAGAGUAAAGAGCAAAUGAGAAAUGAAAACAUAGAAGAAAGAGAUAUUGAAGCAAAAAAUGAAAAAAUUAGUAACGAAUGUAAAAAUAAUACUAUAGGAAUAUCAAAUAAUUCUGAAUCAACAAAAACAAGUAUUUUUCUCCACAAAAUGGAGUAUAUGGGCAUUUUAAAUAGAUAUAAUGAAGAUCUAAAAUUAUAUAAAAAAAAAUUGGACAUAAAUGAGAAAAGUGAUUUUUAUGACUAUAUAAAGAAAAGAAGAAACCUUAUAAGUAUUGACCAUAAAAAUGAAUACUUAUUAAAAAUAAACUAUGGAAAAGGAUAUGAUUUUUCUCUACAUAAUCUAUAUGUAGUUAAUGAGGAAAAAAUAGCUGAAAAGUUUUAUUCCAAUUUUACAUAUCUGAGAGAUGAAGAUAAUUCAACUUUAUAUAAUUUGUCAUAUUUUGCUAACCUAAGUAAAAUAGAUAUUGACCCCACAUUAUUUAAAGAAUAUUAUAUGAAAAUGGAACAAUGUGAAGGAGAAUAUUUGCCAUUAAAAAGUUCAGUUAUUGAAAGAAUAUGUUUUGUCUCAAAUCAUAUAAAAAAAAAUCCAUAUAUUAAUAAAGUAAAGAUUACAAAUAAAAAGCCUCUUUUAUAUCGUAUAUUUUUAAAGUUCAUAAAAGCUUUUAAAAAAUUAUCUGUAAAGCAGUGCAUUAAAAAUGUUGAAGAAUCCAAUCUUCUUGACGUGCUUCUCAUUUUUAAUGAUGAACUUGUUAAAGAAUCAAAGAAAGAACGUAACUUAGGAAAGUGUAUAAAUAAUAUAAUUACAAGACACAAAGAGUGGUAUGAAGUAUUUAACUUUUUAUUUUCUAUUAUGUUAGGUUGUUCAACCCAUGUAAAAGAACACUACUUUUUAAAUGAAGAAGAAAAAAAUGAAAUAUAUAACAAACAAAAAUUAAUAGAUUUACCAAUAUUUAAAUAUCUUGAUAAAGAAAAGAUUGAUUUUUAUUUACCACGUAAUUUAGAGACAAAAAUUAAUAUAGAUUUAUACAAUGAUGUGUCUGAACCUGUUCCAUAUAAAAGAGAAAUUUUUAGGACAUGGUAUGCAUGUUAUUUAUUUGUUCAUAAGGUAUACCUUUUGAGUAAAAUGUGGAAUUUAGUAAAACACUGGAGAGCAACAAAAUAUGUACCUAAACCUUGGUAUGUACAACAUGUUGGAAGUGGUCUUAUUCCACAUAUUAUUAGUUUGUACAAUGAUAAAAAAAAGAAAUAUUUUUAUAUGAGAUAUCUUGAUGAAAACCAAUUUUUCAUGCAUUUUAAAAGAAGUAAAAAAUAUCCAUUACCAGAUUAUGAUAAAAAUAAUUAUCAUUUAGUUGAAAAUAUAAUUGCUUUUCAAGGAACAUCAACUCCAUCAAUGUGGUUUUUAAAUUUGAUAUAUAAAUUGUCUCCAUAUCAUAUAUUAAGUAAAGGGAAAAUGCACAAGGGAUAUAUAUUUAUAUUUGAACAAGCCGUUAAACCAUAUUUAGAUGUUCUAAAAGAAAGUAUACAACAUGAAAUUAAAUUUAGUUCUAAGUACACAAAAGAAAAUCCAUACACUCUUAUUUUUACUGGACAUUCAUUUGGUGCAGCUAUGGCUCAGCUAAGUGCAUUUUAUUUGUCUAAAUUUUUAGAUGUUAAAAAUAAUGACUCCUUAAAAAUUUAUUCCAUCACUUUUGGCUUACCGACUUUUUAUGAUAUUCAAUUUUCCGAUGAUUUUCGUAACAGUGGAGCUAUUAUUAAUAACAUUAAUGUUAAUUAUGACCCAGUGCACGUGGCAAUGGCAAUUCCUGAAAUAAAUAACUUUUAUAACCCUGAUGAAAAAAACAACUUAAUGAUAAUUUUGAACGUUGAAGAUUUAAAACAUCUAAAUUAUGAUUUUGGAGAAAACAUUUUUUAUGGAGAUGAAAUUUUUAAUGCAAAAAAUCACCAUAAUCAUAUUAUGACGCACUUUGUUACUAAAUAUAUUUUCAAAAAAAAUAUUUUCUUAAAUUUAAGAGAAUUGCACAUUUCGCAAACUCAUUAUUUUUUUUAUUAUGUAUUUUUAACUCUCUUAUCGGGAUGGGCAAAUGAGGCAGAUUGGGGUACAUAUUUUAUGGCUACAUAUUUCGUAUAUGAUAUUUCUACUUAUUCUCAUAACGAAUUGAUGAGCAAGUCAAAAGAAUCUUAUAAAAAAUAUAAAGAUUUUUUUAUGAAAAAAAAAUUGCAAAAUAUGAAAACUGAAUCCAAAAAUAAAGAGUAG